AUGCUCAUCACCAAUUCAUUUCGCAAUAUUACAAAAAGAGCUUUUUCUCUAUCAUCACCUUCAAGGACUGGAGUGGUUCCUUUAGUGCUUGACAAUGAUGGACGUGUUGAACGUUUUUACGACAUUUAUUCUCGAUUGUUAAAGGACAGGAUUAUUUGCGUUAUGUCUCAGAUUAAUGAUUACACAGCAGCAUCGAUCAUUGCACAAUUGUUGUUUCUUCAAGGAGAAAGUGGAAAAAGUCCGAUAAAUAUGUACAUAAAUUGUCCGGGUGGUGUUGUCACUGCAGGCUUAGGCAUAUAUGACACGAUGCAAUACAUUUCUGCGCCAGUUUCAACUUGGUGUAUUGGACAAGCAUGUUCAAUGGGAAGCUUAUUAUUAGCAGCGGGAGAGAAGGGAAUGCGUGUAUCAUUACCAAAUGCACGAAUUAUGGUCCAUCAACCUUCUGGAGGUGCACAAGGAAUGGCUUCUGAUGUUUUAAUUAUGGCUGAAGAAUUGAGCCGAAAUCGAGAACGUUUGAAUGAAAUUUAUGCUCAUCAUACAGGGCAGACAGUAGAAAAAAUUGCUGAGACGUUGGACAGGGAUCGUUUUAUGAGUGCUAGCGAGGCAUUGGAAUUUGGUUUAAUUGAUAGGAUUGAAAAUCACAAUGGAUCUUCACCCGCUAUUAAAGUUUAGGUUAAAAAGGCAUGUUCAUGGAUACAGAUUUUAAUAUCUGUAUCCAAUUAAAAAUUUUUGGUUAUAUCCGUGACUUUUUGACCAUAUCCGCGGAUGUAUCCGUUUUUCCCAAAGUGAUCAGAACUCAAAAUUUUUCAAAAGGCCCAAAUGUCUUCAUAUCCGUAUCCGUGAAUAUGUCUGG